UAUUCACUUGAAUUGUAAAUUAACUCUUUUUCUAUUGUAAAAUUAUGAAAUUUAAAAAGUCGUCAGUAGAGAAUAGCGUAUUAAGUCAAUUUAUUUAAAUAUCUCAUGUACCAAACUACUUGAAAAUUAUAGAAAAUGUUUGCAUUCAUGGAAAAUAUUGUGAAGCCGCCUCUUGGCCACCGAAAGUCGUACGUGCCCAUCCCAGAAGCCAAGUUAAUAGGGGAUGUGGAGAGACACGUUGCCCAGCCGGAGUUCUCUUCGGAUGUCCAAGUGGCCAUAAAGCUGCAACGCAUAUUCUACUUGCAGUACAACGAGCUGGCUGCCAAGUUGGAGUCUGAUCUCGCUGCGGUGCUAGCCCGCUUGGAAGCUGCCAAGAACAACUUGGAGCUGGUGAAGAAGUUCGUGGACCAUCCAGACGAGGAGUUCCAGAGCCUGAUGCAAGUGACCCCGGGAGUAUUCAGAUGGGUGACCGUGCUGCCAGUGGAAAAGGUUACGCUCCAAGUGGGCACGUCACUGCGAAUGAAGUUUGGUCUGCCCGAGGCCGAGGAGUUCAUUAGAAAGGACAUCACAAGCCUGGUGAAGCAGCAGCUGCAGCAUGAGCACGAUAUUGACUAUCUGCAGGAUCAGGUCAACGCAAUCGAGAUGAAUCUGGCUUUUUUGUAUAAGCAUGCUAUCGACAAGCAAAAGCGAGUUAUAGAAGGAGGCUUGGCAGGGCCUUCUACUGGUCCUUAGUAUUUAUUGUUUAAAAGGGAUCUUAAAAAAUGUUCGUUGCAUACCAAUAAAAUUAAUUAAGCGUUAAA